GAACCAAUCACAUCGCUCAGUCAAUGUUUAUCACCAACUAGGACCAAUGUGAGCUAAUGCUAGUUAGCUAGAAAACAGAUUGCUAUUCCCCCUUCUGUUCAUAAAGAUUGUUUCUUAAUAUAACUGUGUGCACGAGUAUGCAUGCUAUUGAGCGAUGUCACUGUGGGUCGGUUAUAGUUUACAUUACCUGUGAGUAAUACACAUUUAGCUACAUGCUAACCAAGCAUUAGGGGAUGUUUGGGCUGUGUUUGAGAACAGAUUUCUCAGCUGUUCACCAUGAAGGCCAGUAAGUCUUAUAAGCUUGUGCUGCACAAGAAAGGUUUUGGUGGAAGUGAUGAUGAGUUGGUUGUCAAUCCGAAAGUAUUCCCACAAGUCAAUCUGGGGGAUAUUAUUGAGAUUGCUCACCCUACAGAUGAAUACAGUCCUCUCCUGUUGCAAGUGAAAAGCCUAAAAGAGGAUCUUCAGAAAGAGAUAAUCAGUGUGGACCAGACUGUUGCACAAGCGUUCAAACUUCGUGCUUACCAGGAUGUGAUUAUUAGCAUUGUAGACCCUAAGGAUGUAACGUUGGACCUUGUUGAGCUGACGUUUAAAGAUCAGUACAUCGGUAGAGGAGACAUGUGGAGACUGAAGAAGUGCCUGGUGAGCACAUGUGCUUAUGUGACACAGAAAGUGGAGUUUGCAGGAAUUAGAGCACAAGCCAGCGAGCUCUGGGUGAAGGGGGAGAAGGUGACCUGUGGAUACAUCAGUGAAGACACCAGGGUGGUGUUCAGAUCCACAUCUGCGAUGGUGUACAUCUUUAUUCAGAUGAGUUGUGAGAUGUGGGACUUUGACAUCUAUGGUGAUCUCUACUUUGAGAAAGCAGUCAAUGGUUUCCUAUCUGAUCUUUUUGCAAAGUGGAAGGAGAAGAACUGCAGUCAUGAGGUCACAGUGGUGCUCUUCUCACGUACAUUCUAUAUUGCAAAUACGAUAGAGGAAUUUCCGGAAAUUCUGCGAGGGUCUAUCAGACAGGAUCAUGAGGGACGCUUUUAUGAAGAUUUUUACAGGGUUGUUGCUCAAAAUGAGAGACGGGAUGAGUGGACAUCACUACUGGUCACCAUCAAGAAGCUUUUCAUUCAGUAUCCUGUCCUGGUGCGGCUGGAAGAAGCAGAUGGUUUUCCUGUUAGUUAUAACUCAACUGCUGCUGAGGGAAACUACUUGGAGGCCAUUAACCUUUCCUUCAAUGUGUUUGACAAGCAUUACAUCAACCGCAACUUUGACCGCACUGGGCAGAUGUCAGUGGUCAUAACACCCGGUGUAGGGGUUUUUGAAGUCGACCGUUUGCUUAUGAUUCUCACCAAACAGCGAAUGAUCGACAACGGUAUUGGUGUAGACUUGGUGUGUAUGGGGGAGCAGCCGUUGCAUGCAGUACCAUUGUUCAAGCUGCACAAUAGGACCACACCUGGAGACUCUCGUGUGGGUGAUGACUAUAACCUCCCUCACUGGAUCAACCACAGCUUCUACACCUCUAAAAGUCAGAACUCCUGUGGCUCCUUCACUCCUAGAAUUAAACUGGCUGGCCGAAAGAUUCAUGCAGAGAAAUCCAAGAUCAGCAAGGACCAUACUCUCGGUACUCCAAAAGACUCUGACAACAGCCUACCUAUACAGGUGGACUAUGAUGCCUAUGAUGCUCAGGUGUUCAGACUACCAGGACCAUCACGAGUUCAGAGGAGCACAAACUUCAGAAUUGGUCGGGACAAAGAGAUAAGUGGGAGGAAGAGCUGGGGCUCUGUUGAUGUCACUGCUGGCAUAGGUGUGUCCCCACCGAUUCGCUCUGUAGGGCCUGAGGAACAGCGUAGCUUGGCCUCUGAUGAUAGUUUGGGCCCUGUGUCCAACGUGCUGCUGAUACCCCGUUUGCCUCCUGCCCAAUAUGAAGUCAGUAGCUCCCUUGGAUACACCAGCACCAGAGAGUUGUUGGAGAAGAUGAUGGACUCUCAGCGGGACUCCAGUGCCCCUGGCCGGUUCACAGUGGGAAGUGCUGAGUCUACUCUGCACAUCCGUCCUGGAGGUUACACUCCUCAGAGAGCACUCAUAAACCCUUUCACCCCAUCCAGGAUGCCCAUGAAGCUCACCUCAAACCGCCGACGCUGGAUGCACACCUUCCCUGUUGGUCCUUCUGGAGAGGCGAUACAGAUCCAUCACCAAACCAGACAGAAUAUGGCUGAACUGCAAGGCAGCCAGAAGAGAGAUCCUGCACACACCUCUGCUGAGCUGCUGGAGCUGGCAUAUCAUGAGGCCACUGGACGGCGAACAACUUUACGGCAAGGUGGAGACAACAGCCUUUACAUUGGUGGAGGGAUGGAAGAGUUGACUGGAAGUCCUGGGAACAACAGUAGUGGAAUGAUAACCAACCGGGGCUCAUUUGAAGACUUUUCCCUCAGCGGUGCUAACCCGACCCUGCUGAUAUCUGCACCCCCGACAGUGCCCAGCUUCUGCUGCACAGUUGGGGUAGACUGGAAGUCCCUGACCACACCAGCCUGCCUGCCCCUCACCACUGACUACUUUCCAGAGCGCCAGACUCUGCAGAACGACUACACUGAAGGCUGCUAUGACUUGCUUCCGCACAGUGACCUGGAGAGGCGGGAAGAUGAAUCCCCAGUGAUGAGUGCAUCUCAAGUGUUUGAGGAGUUCAUAUGCCAGAGAUUGAUGCAGGGGUACCAGAUCAUUGUCCAACCCAAUAACAGGAAACAACAACCCUCUGUGGCCACACCACUUGGCAGCAGCCCUCAUUACAGCAGAGGUCUUGUGUCUUUGCGUCGAGCUGAGGAGGAGAACGUGUACUGGCUUAGUAUGGGCCGCACUUUCCAUAAAGUCUGCCUCAAAGACAAGAUAAUCACAGUUACUCGUUACCUGCCCAAGUACCCGUAUGAGUCAGCUCAGAUACCGUACAGCUACAGCUUGUGUCCUCCACACUCUGAUGCUCAGUUUGUUUUCUGCUGGGUGGAGUUUGGCCAUGAAAGACUGGAGGAAUAUAAGUGGAACUACCUGGACCAAUACAUCUGUUCUGCUGGCUCUGAAGACUUCAGUUUGAUUGAUUCCCUGAAGUUCUGGCGGACUCGCUUCCUCCUGCUUCCAGCUGGUGGAGCUCGGCGUGUGGCAGAUGGGGAGGGUCACUGGGAUGUUUAUGGGGACGGAGCUGGUGCUGGGAUGAGCAGCAGCGGAGACUGGGUCUUACUGGAUGGCUUUAUCCGCUACCUGGAGGGCCUCAAUCGCAUCCGUCGUCGCCAUCGCUCUGACAGGAUUAUCAGAAAGGGCACACCAUUGAAAGGACUUCAGGUUACCACUCAUCCCCUUCCCUUUCCUACUGAACCUUUGGCACCCCCUCAAGGCAAAAAAGGCACUUCAGCUUUGUCAGCGUUGCUGGAGAUGGAGCAGAACCAGAAGACACUGGAGGAGCAGCAGCAGGCAAAACCCCAAACAACUGUCGGCGACCUCACAAGUGUGGCCACAGCUCCCACAUACGUUGACAGUCCCCGGAGGGAUGCUGCCUUUAUUUUGGAUUUUAUACGUAGCCCUCGCUCGUCCUACAUCUAUUACUCUCAGUUAGCUGAUGCCAACGAGGCUGCAGAUAAAGGAGUCCCUCCUUCAAUGACAGCUGGAGCAGCAGCAGCGUCUGUAUCAGAGACUGCAGCCAGCAACAGCAACACCACGGACACCAGUGGGCAGUCUGCAGCAGGAGCUCUUUCCCUCUCUUCUUCCUCAACACUCCUGGAGAUCCUGGAAGCCAUCAAACAUCCCACGACAGGGGUACAGCUGCUUCCAGAACAAAAGGGCCUACCAAUCAACUGCUUCAUUAGUGCCGAGGUCGUUCAUUGGCUUGUCAACAAUGUGGAGGGCAUGGCCACUCAGGGAAUGGCUGUAGAUAUCAUGCAGAAAAUGCUGGAUGAAGGUUUGGUGGCUCACGCUUCAGGAGAUGCCAUGCGCACCUUUGUCUAUGGAUUCUACUUCUACAGGAUAGUGGGAGAGAAGGAUGGUCCAACCUCCCCGCCCCCUCCCUCUGCAUCUGUAGGGUGGUCUACUGCAGCACGGGAGGACUUUGCCAUGUUCCAGAGGAAAUGGUUUGAGGUGGCUUUUGUGCUGGAGGAGCCUCAAGCCUGCAACCUCCCGGCCUUUUUAUUGCCCUGGUUGCCCAGCCGGCCAGCCUCUUACGCAAGUAGGCACAGCUCCUUCAGCCGCAGCUUUGGAGGACGCAGCCAGGCUGCUGCACUGCUAGCUGCUACUGUCCCCGAGCAGAAGACAGUCACUCUGGACGUGGAUGUAAACAACCGCAGUGAGCGGACCGAGUGGUGCAGCUGUUAUUACCAUGGAAACUUCUCCCUGAAUGCUGCCUUUGAGAUAAAGCUUCACUGGAUGGCCGUCACUGCUGCUGUGCUCUUUGAGAUGGUUCAAGGCUGGCACAGGAAAGCAGCCUCCUGCGGCUUCCUGUUGGUCCCUGUGCUGGAGGUUCCCUUUGCACUGACCUCUUACCUUUAUGGAGAUCCACUGAGGGCCCAGCUCUUCAUUCCUCUGAACAUCCACUGUCUGCUAAAGAACAGCAGUGACAACCUGUUUGAAGGUUUUGAACCAGAGACGUACUGGGACAGGAUGCAGCUCUUUCAGGAGGCCAUACUGUACCGAUUUGGAUUUGUGCACGACAAGUUUUCUCCUUCUGCUUUUAAUUUUCCUUCUGAGAACAAGCCCCAGUACAUCCAUGUAACAGGAACUGUUUUCCUGCAGCUGCCGUACUCCAAAAGGAAGUACUCGAGCGGCCAGCAGCGCAGACGCAGAAACUCUACCACCUCCAACAGCCAGGGGGCGUUUGGCGGCGAGGAGCGGGUUGGUUAUUACUGGGCGUACAACACCAUGCUAACCAAGGCUUGGAGGACGGGCGUGCUUGGUGAUGAGCGGCUGGCUGAGCGCCUCCUCAGAGACUUCACUGACUUCUGCAUCAAUAAGGACAAUAGACUGCUCAACUUCUGGGACAGCUGCCAGGAGAAGAUGAAUGCCAGCGCACCUUGAUGGGAGGAGAGACAACUAAGGGGAUACAAAAAUGUAGAGGAGAAUCAAAAAACAACUUUGUUAUCCAACACACUGUACCACUGUUCAGGGGAAAAGAAGUGACUUUGAACCCUCCAAGAAUGAAGCCCUAAUCGCUUUGGAAUAUUACAAUAAUAUUACAAUAUUACCUGAUGAUGUCAAAUCUAAGUAUUAAAUAUCAAAUAAGAGAUUCUGCCACAGUAUUUAGUUUUCUCCUUAUAAAGACAUCUAUUCUUUUAAAUGUUUUAUAAUUAUUAUUCCAAUGCUCAGAAAUGUUACAGAUUGUUCCUAAGAUUAAAUACAUUUUUGCUUUG